UUUCCUUGUGUUUCCACGCUGUUUAUUAGAAUGCUUACUCUCCUUAUCAAAACUUCAUGUAGAAAUUUUCAUAAGCACUUGGAACCAAAAAAUAAGUUAAUAUGUGUGAGGUAUUGCUUCACGAAGAAGUUAGGAGAAAUAAAGCCGAUAGGUUUCAUGAGGUCACUGUUUUGCCACAAGAGGGGUACACCUCGCCAGCCCUCUAUCUGCCCCCAAGCCCGCGGCACUCUGACUCUGGACCGUCUGGUGGUCAACAACCCCCAGUAUACACUAGAGGGGCUGCAGGAAUUCUCUCAUGUCUGGUUGAUUUUUGUAUUCCAUAAAAACGAGAAAGAGUUUGUCCGGUCCAAAGUUUGCCCACCAAGGUUAGGCGGCAGGAAAGUGGGCUUAUUCUCCACAAGGUCCCCGCACCGGCCCAAUCCCAUCGGACUCUCCCUGGCUAAACUGGACCGUGUGGACGAUAGCACCCUGUUUUUGAGUGGAAUCGACCUACUGGAUGGUACCCCUAUACUUGACGUCAAACCGUACAUUCCGGAAUACGAUACACCGCAACCUUUGUUGACUGAUCAUAUGCAAUCUUGCUCUGACAGUAGUGUUCAUAACCACACAGACCAUCUCGGUACAGACAAAGAAGAGAAGGUGAAUUCUGGAUCUGAUACAGACUUAACAGAUUCGACGACCGAAAAGAAAAUAAAACACACGAAAAUUCCACCAGAAAAUUGUAUUGAAAAUUGUUUUUGUGAGGAUGAAAAUGAUAGUUACAAUAAAAAAGAUGUACACGUGAGAUCACCUGAUUGGAUAGUUCAACCCGCCUCUCCUAAAUUGGAAGUGACGUUCACAUCCAGAGCUACAAAUCAGCUAAGGAUGUUUUCACGUGAUGCAAAAGAUCCAGACUUCGUGUUAAAGUUCCUCCAAAAUUCCGCGGAAGCAGGGAGAACCAUUACCUCGAUCCUGAGCGAAGAUCCGCGGCCAGUUCACACCAGAAACCAGAAAAAGUUGUACUAUUUCACCGUGGACAAUAUACACAUCACGUGCUGGUUUUAUGAUAAUACUGUUGAGGUUAUUCGAGUAUUGCCAGUUUCUAAAGGAGAGCAUUUGAUAUAAGCAUUUUUUUCUGUUAUUAUUUUCAUAGAUAAUAUUCCCAUGCAGUCUAUAAAUCAGUGUUAUCCAAC